AUGGCGAAACUCGACUUCUUCCGACGCAUUCCGGAAGACUUAAAAGUCCCGACGUCCACCGGCAGCUUCUUCUCGCUGCUGUCCUUCGCUCUGAUGGUUUUUUUACUGCUCACCCAUUGGAGGGCUUAUAAUGAGCAGAGUACGAAGACCACAGUCGUGCUGGACGAGCACCAGGAGGACCGCCUCCGCGUGAACUUCAACGUGAGCUUACUGGAUGUCCCGUGCGCCGUCGCCAGCGUGGACCUGGAGGACUAUAUGGGCCAACGCUUUACGAACCUGACGCGCCACAUUCGCCACUUCCGUCUUGCAACGGACGCAAAGACGAAUGAGGUGCACCGGAUGGAUGAGGUGGUGAUUGACAACCACAAGAAGGGGAUUCCUGUCUGGGGAGGGGUCCAUCGGGAGACACAGGGCGUCAAUGUGCACUACUCGACGCCACUCACGAGCAAGACGUUUGACGACUUUAUGGCCAAGUACGAGCUCGUGCUUGUCAAUUAUUACGCCCCCUGGUGCGUCUUUUGCCACCAACUUCACCCGGAGUGGGAGCGAGCGGCGGCGCAGUUGCCUGACCAUCCCGAGUACAGCGAAAUGGUGCGCAUGGCGUCGGUGGAUUGCACUGACCCGGACGCCGCGUGGCUCUGUCGUCGCGCGCACAUCCGUGCGUUUCCGUCAAUGCUCAUCUACAUGUACGGAAGUACGUCCACGCGCUACGUCUACAACGGACCACGUCGGACUGAGCACCUGCUGCAGUUCUUGGACUUGUUUUUCCGUCGCCUGGAGCCAGAUGCUGAUUUUGCUGAAGAAGUGAACGUGAACAGCGACCAUCUUGGCCUUCCUCUGCCUGUGCGUGUGACCGAGGACAACUUGGGAGCGAUGGACUUCAAAAAGCGUCGUCCGUCGGACGCCGUGCAGACUGGCACUGUCGAGGGAUGUGAGAUCUCGGGAAGCAUCAGUGUCAAUCGCGUCCCUGGCGUGCUGGCGUUCACGGUGCGCUCUGACGACGUGUCGUUCGAUGCACGGACCAUCGACAUCUCCCACGUCAUCAACCACUUCUCGUUUGGUCAAGUGCGGCGGACAGAGAACCUGUUUGUCGGAGGCAACAACGUGCUGGCAGCACCAUCGAACCGCUAUCCGCUUGACAAGAAGACGUUCACCGUCGAACGCGUGAACGUCACGGUGGAGCAUUUCUUGAAUGUCGUUGGUUUUGACAGCCGGGAUAACUCGAGAACAACGCACCUGCAGCAGCGUUCGUACGAGUUUUCGGCGACGUCGACGCAAUCCGUCGAUAAGCUGCCGUGCGCACUCUUUAGGUUUGAUAUAUCGCCGUUGGUCAUUCAAGUCACCGCCGACAACGUUCCGUUCUAUCACUUCAUCACACAACUGUGCGCAGUGAUCGGGGGCGUGUUUACUAUCCUCGGUCUGGUCGACUCGGGCAUCUUUCAUGCCAUGAACUCCAUCAAGAAAAAGCAGCAGAUCGGAAAGCUGUCGUAG